AGCCCGGGGUUGAAUCAGCGGCAGGAAAGCGACUACCCAGACUGACGCUCUGGGACCGCCCUGCUUCGUUCUGGUCCGAAUCGGGUCCUUUUCUGGACCGGCGCAGCCCGCUGGUGUCUACUCUGGAUGAUUUACUUUCUGCCCUGCUGAGAGGAUGUAGUGGUAAUGAUAGCAGAGUCCGUCCGUUUCCAAUCUCUCUAACCACAAGUAUUUCUGUACUUUGCUAUUGUAAAGUUGUGUGAAUGCCAGCACACAUAAUUCCAUACAUUCAAAGACUGUUCUUCACAUAUUUUGAGUGUGAAUGUCUCCAGGAGAAAGAUGUCAGUUCAAUGUUGUCAGAGAGGAUCAUGGAGAAAAUGGAAUCCAAGAUGAGGUUGCCCCUGAAUCCACUGCACCAAGUGGAAAUUGCUUGAGAAAUAGCAACACUGAAGUUUUUAAAGGGAAAAGAAAAGUCCGAGAACAAUGUGAAAACAGAAGAAGAAACUCUUCCAAUAGUAGAUGGUCAAGCCAGCUGCAAAAUGGAGAAGUGGUUGAAGCCGUUACAUUGUUUGAGGUGAUCAGUAUGGGGAAAAGAGCUAUGCAGUCUGUGAUAGAUGACUGGAUUGAAGCCUACAAAAAAGAUAGAGAUGUGGCACUUCUGGAUCUCAUUAACUUCUUCAUUCAGUGUUCAGGCUGUCAAGGAAUGGUUAUCGCAGAGAUGUUCCAAAGUUUACAAAACUGUGAAGUGAUGCAUAAAAUGACAGAGAAAUUUGAUGAAGAAACAGGAUUGCAAUAUAAAAGGUUUAUGGCUUAUCCCUGGAUUUUGACUGUUACUUGGCCAGUGGAUAUGGGUAAUGAAGACUAUCCACUCAUCAAAACAGGGUCCUAUUGGAAGAGGUUCAAAACUAAUUUUUGUGAAUUCACUGCAGUACUAGUCCAACAAUGUCAGUGCAGCAUUUUGUAUGACAACUAUUUGAUGGACACAAUCAUCUCUCUUCUUACGGGUUUGGCAGAUUCCAUGGUCAGAGCGUUCAGGCAUACCAGUACUUUAGCAGCUAUGAAGCUUCUUUCAGCGCUUGUAAAUCUAAAUCUAAAUCUAGAAGUAAGUAAGGAUAACCUGGAAAGAUUAUAUGAGGUGGAAAAGAAGAGAAUCAUGGGAAAGAAAACCAAUUCUAGACUGGACCAGCUUGAGAGAAAAAAGAGAGAGUAUGAACAGAAAUCUCUGGAAGUGGAAAAUAUGAUGAAUGCGAUUUUUAAGGGGACCUUUUUGCCACGCUAUCGUGAUAUUAUUCCAGAUAUUCGGGCUAUUUGCAUUGAAGAAAUGGGCAUCUGGAUGAGAAUUUAUCCUGAUACAUUCCUAAAUGAUAGUUACUUGAAAUAUCUUGGCUGGAUGCUGUAUGAUAAACAUCCUGAGGUACGACUGAAGUGCCUUCAGGCACUACAGGGAAUAUAUAGUGAAAAAGAGGUUGUUUGUAAAAUGGAUCUAUUCACUAGUAGGUUCAAGGAUCGAAUUGUGUCCAUGGCUCUGGACAGGGACCAUGAAGUAACGGUUCAAGCCAUGAAACUCUUGAUGGUUAUGUCACGGAACUGUGAUGAUGCCUUAUCAGCUGAAGACUGCAAAAACUUGUACCAGUUUGUUUAUAGCACCCACCGACCAUUGGCGGUAGCUGCUGGGGAAUUACUUUACAAAAGAUUGAUUAUCCAGGAAAUUGAGCCAGAAUCAUUCACCAAAACAAAUGGAAAACAGGAACCUAUUACUAGCCAGCUGAAAACACUAAUAGUUUUUUUCUUGGAAAGUGAGCUGCAUAACCACGUCAUAUAUCUUGUAGACAGCCUGUGGGAUUGUGGCGUGCAUUUAUUGAAAGAUUGGGAACGCAUGACAGCUCUCUUACUGGAGGAUGCCAGAGAACAUAAAAGAGCACUGAGUGAUGUCCAGGAGAGUGCCCUUAUUGAAAUAAUCCUAGCAACUGUUCGACAAGCUGUUGAAGGUCCUCCCACAGGCAGAGGAGGAAUCAAGAAAAUCUUGUCUACCAAAGAGAAGAAAAUACAAAUGGAAGAUUGUGCUAAAAUUACUGAACACUUUAUUGUGGUUCUUCCUCGACUCUUGGCAAAGUAUUCACUAGAUACAGAAAAAGUGACAAACCUUCUGCAGAUCUCACAGUAUUUUGAUUUAGAGCGGUACAGUACUAGUUCAUUCAAUAAGGACCUCGAUGCUUUAUUGAGAGAGGUAAAAGCCAUUGUAAUGAUACACUCAAACACUAAUAUCCUAGAGACCUGCUCCAGGCUAUACAGUAUUCUUUCCAGAGAAGAACUUACUAUUCAUAACCAAGUGGCUUUUGCUAGAGCUGAACUGGUGAAUGAAUGGGUGGAGAAACUAAAUCAACUACUAGGUAUUUUUUGGCAUAAGGAAGAUGGUGUUUCUGCAGAAGAAGAAGGAAUUCAGCAUCUGACCUGCACUUUGCGACAAAUAGCUGCUUUUCAUAAUGCCCAUGAUCUCACCAAAUGGAACCUCUAUGACAAGAUGUAUAAGCUUCUUGUUUCUGAGUUGGAACAGAGACCUUUACCUAUUCAGAUUAUUUUGCCUUCUUUACAGUGUGCUUAUUUUGCACUACUUUGGCAGCUCCCUUCAAUGGCAGAUUCUCCAUCUUCCAAGGAAAAUAUAUUUCUUUUGAGGACACAUUUAAGGCAGUACUGCAAUAUUUGCACAAGCUACCUCAGCCACUAUAACAAAGAGUUAUGUGAAAAGGCUUUUAUGAUACUGUGUGAUCUGCUGUUAAUUCUAAAUCAUCAGGAUUCAAGCAGUAAUGGUGCUGCUGGGUUACUGGAAUACCUUCCCAGUACAUCUCUUCAGACAAAAAUGCUCUUAUUUAUUCGAGAUCAUAUUUUUGGAGAGGAAGAAGAAGCAACCAAAGAAUUGAAAGAAAGUGAUGUGAAGGUAAAGGAAAGUCAGAAGCUAGAAGCUUUACAUUUAAAGCGAUGCCUCCUUGCAGCUUAUUGCAAAUUGAUCGUCUGUAAUAUUGUGGACAUAACAGCUGGUGCUGAAAUCUAUAAGCAUUAUAUGAAGGCAUAUAAUGACUUUGGAGAUAUAAUUAAAGAGACUUUGAGCCGGACAAGGCACAACAACAAAAUUCAAAGUGCAAGAACACUGAUCCUCUGCUUACAGCAGCUGUUUCAGGAGCACAUUGAAAGCCAAGGUGAUGGCAGCAAUAGCAGCAAUAGCUUGGAUUCCUCCUCCACCUCCUUCAACAAUAUUAAAGAGCUUGCCCGGCGUUUUUCUUUGACAUUUGGCUGGGACCAGGUGAAAAGUCGAGAAUCUGUAGCUAGGAUACACAAGGAAGGUAUUGAAUUCGCCUUCCAAGGGGCAGCUGGAAUGGAAGGGAAGUGCUUACCUCCUAACUUAAAUUUUCUCAUCAUCCUCAGUGAAUUCUCCAAUAAGCUUCUAAAGCCUGAUAAAAGACUUGUAUAUAGUUAUUUGCUAAGAUAUGUACCCGAAACAGCACUUUGUAAAGAAGAUACCUGGUACUCACUGGCUUGGUACAGAACUUCUUUGUUGGCUAAUGAUUAUGAGAAUUCUGCUGUCAGUAGCUCACAAGAGUGGCCAACUGUUAGCAUUACUAGGACAUCUUUUAAAAGGAAAUUAUCUGAAGGAUCCUGGUCUAAAAUCAGUCACACAGACAGAACAAACAGGACUUCUGAGACUCAUUAUCCAUUCUGCCUGCCUUCCUUGAGACUGAGAAACAGGAAGAGGCUAAAAUCUCAUGAUAGUUAUCACCAAGAAUAUUCCAUCCCAUUGGAUCAUGCAAUUCCAAAGAAAAAACAUAGUACCCAGGCUCCAGUCAAGGAAGAGGAUUCAGCAGAGGCUCCACCUGAAAAUGCUGAAAUUGAUGUUGUUGGUGCUGAGCAGAAUACCUAAAAGAAGAAGACUGCUGGAAAUGUCUCUACUUUUUAAUGUAAAUAAAAAUAAAAGCCAAUCAUAAAGGUAGAAUGGGUUUUGAACUAUUUUUUGCCAGAAUUAUUUGGAUGCUUGAUUGGUAGAACCCAACAUGGUCUGGUAAAUUUAUAUAAAAUAGAAGCUUCUUCAGCCAGUAUUUUCUGAUAUUUUCACUCACAAUUUUUCUAAGCACACUUGACUUUCUGUGCGAAAUGUAGUUCCUGACUCUGUAGAUUGGAAAAGUCUAUCAAGAAGCUGCAGCUCAGUAUUUUAUGACAAAAUGAAAAAGAAGAGGAAACUUUAAAUAAGGUAGACAAUCUGUUUUCAAGAGAGCAGGCCAGGGGAUUCAAAGAGCAAAAAUAUAGAAAUUAAUGUAAAUCAGAAAAAUGUAAAUCACAACAAAAUGUUCACUCUGCUACCAUGUUUAUCAUCACUGUUUUUUAAAAGGCAUUCAUUUCUCAUUUUUAUAUUCAGCCGUUUGUAAAAUAAACUGAAUGAUU